UUGAGCGGCCCCCUUCCUCUCCUUCCCUAAAAUUUCAACCAAUAACAUAAACCCUCUCUCUCUCGUCCUUCCAUACAAAGUUCCCACAACCCUCUACAAUUUACAUCCCUACCAAUCUAUACAGGGAUACGAAAAUAUCUAUAUAUGUCAUGCCUGACCUAAAAUUUUGACCGUCCUCCUCAGCAUCCUUCACCACACUCUUCACACCAAGGCAUCCCACUCUCUCUCUCUCUCUCUCUCUCUAUGACCAGAACUUAUUAAAUUACCAAAGCCCACCACAAAAGUACGGUUAUAGCACAGGUAUACAGAAUCAGUAAUUGCCAAAGCCCACCACCAUGGCAUCAAGCCCUUCCGGAAAGCAGUCUAGGUACCAUGGAAUCCGGAGUCGGGGCGGAAAAUGGGUGUCCGAGAUUCGAGAGCCACGUAAGACUAGACGUAUAUGGCUUGGGACUUUCCCAACUGCGGAGAUGGCUGCAGCAGCCUAUGACGCGGCCGCCCUCGCUCUCAAGCGCGCCGAUGCUGUUCUCAACUUUCCAAGCUCCAUGGACUCGUAUCCUGUGCCAGCAUCCAUGUCUCCACAGGACAUUCGUAGUGCUGCUGCCGCUGCUGCUGCGGCAACAGCACUACAACGGAAUGAGGACGCGGAUAACAGUCUUAAGGUCACAGAGAGGCAGAAGAAGUACGAAUACGAUAUGACGAUGAUGAGUAGUACUAGUUUGGCGUCGUCUGUGGGAAUGGAUGAAGAAGAGCUUUUCGGGAUGCCAAAUUUGCUGGCGAACAUGGCAGAGGGCAUGCUUCUGUCUCCACCGAGACCGUCUGAUUAUCCCGACUCGUCCGGCAAUUCAGACGGAGCAGAAAGUCGUUUAUGGAGCUAUUGAUUAUAAUAGCGUUACAUAUGCCUGAAUAGUGAGUAAUAUAAGACAAAAAAAAGAAGAAGAAGAAGAAGAAAUUAUGUGCAGCGCUGUGAAGCGAUGGAUAAGGACCACCUAAUUCAUUAUAAGGUCGCGGCAUCCAUUAUUGGUUCAGUUCUUGGGAUGAUGCUGACGAAUUGGGGACCUUGUGCUUAUCUUUUAUGUGCUAAUAGUCUAUGCUUCGAUCCAAAAAAAUGUACUUUGAUAGUUUAAAAUUAAGAAAUUUGACAUUUGAGUUUA